AUACGUCACCGGGUUCCCAUGUUCCAAGACUGAAGGCAACAACAACAAGGAAUUGACAACGUGAUGAACAUGGUGUUUGCCAGUUUGAGUGAAGUGCCUUUCCUGAGUCUCAAAUAUAACAUGGCAGCUGAAUUCAAUGCCCCUAGUUUUCUCUUCUCAAAACAAUUCUAAACCUUUCUGACUCUACAGCUCGUUCAAUCUAGUGUCAUCGCACAGCAUACUUUCAACAUGGCCGAUUCUAACCCAGCAAACUUCGCCAACCGUCCCACUGAAGAAGUCCGGGCCAUUGCCAGUAAAGGUGGGAAGGCUGCUCACGAGAAAGCAGUCGAGCGCGAGACUGGACGCCGCACCGAUGGAACCUUUGUGCCUGGAUCUGAUGCUGCCAAGGAGGCUGGUCGCAAAGGUGGUGUGAUUGCCCAGGAGCAUGCGCACGAACAAGCCCACGAUAGUGGACGUCGCGAGGAUGGAACCUUCAAGCCAGGAUCCGAGGCUGCCAAAGAGGCUGGCCGCAAAGGUGGUAUUAUCGCACAAGAGCAUGCCCACGAGGCCGAAGAUAACGGACGCCGUGAAGAUGGCACUUUCAAGCCAGGAAGCGAAGCUGCAAAGGAAGCUGGACACAAGGGAGGCCUUGCCCAUUGAUCUGCUUGCGUCGAGCUGCAUUUGUGAGGAUCCAAUGCGCUUUAAGGCUCAGUGCACGGGGCCUUAUUGAGCUAUGAUUGAGGCAAAAAGACGAGGAACGAUUCAAACGAUACCUGUUAUUUCACCCAUACAAAGAGACGGCGUCAUGACCCAACAUAAAGACUUGAGCUCUUGCCGUGACUAUAAUUCCUUACAUGUGAGAGCGUUCAGGUCCAGGAUUGACU